CCGAACAGAGCAGAGCAGGAAGCGACGAUCUGAAGAGCGGGACGGAGUGGGAGGACCUGCUACAGAGUCGGGGACGAUGGAGAUCGUGGUAGACGAGAACAACCUGAAGGCCGCCGGAGCUCAGCCGCUGGAGGACGGCCGAUGUGGACUCCGCAUUAACGAAUGGGAGAUUGAAUCUCGCAAGCGUUCCAUCCUCAACUCCUCUUCUCUCCUCGAGUGGGAACAAAAACUUGGAACAUCACAUAUGCCCGAGAUGAUAUUUGGCAACAGCUCACUAAUUCUCAAACACUUGAGUACUGGUACCGUUAUUCACUUCAAUGCAUUUGAUGCUCUAUCCGGGUGGAAAAAGGAAGCUUUACCUCCAGUUGAAGUUCCUGCAGCAGCAAAAUGGAAAUUUAGAAGCAAACCUUUCCAACAGGUGAUACUUGACUAUGACUACACAUUCACAACUCCUUACUGUGGAAGCGGAACUAUUGAGACCCAUCCAGAGCAGCCUGAAAUAGGGGGAGUUCCUAAGGAAACAGACAGCCUACACUGGGAGGAUUGCAAGGAGGAAAUUGAUCUGGUUGCUUUGACUGUAAAAGAGCCAAUACUCUUCUAUGAUGAGGUUAUAUUGUAUGAAGACGAGCUUGCUGAUAAUGGAGUGUCCCUUUUAACUGUUAAAGUGAGGGUCAUGCCAAGUUGCUGGUUUCUUCUCCUACGAUUCUGGCUUAGAGUGGAUGGUGUCUUAAUGAGAUUAAGGGAUACUCGCAUUCAUUGUGUUUUCCGGGAUAAUGAGAGCCCCAUCAUCCUCCGGGAAACCUGCUGGAGAGAAGGAAGCUUCGACGCUUUAUCUUCUAAAGGAUAUCCUUCUGAUGCUGCCUCCUAUAAUGAUCCGAGCAUUGUUGGCCAGAGACUCCCUGUUGUCAUGCGUAAGACCCAAAAGCUCGUCUUGCCUGGUCACCCGUAGGGCGGCAAAAUUGUCUUCAAGCUGAUGGAGAAUAUUUGUAUAUUGUAAUUGCACAAAAUUUUAUGAUCUUCUCUAAGGAGGGCUUAUUGACAAAUACUCAUAUAUUAUCUUAUAGCUCUUUGAUAGUUUUCUCGCUGUCUUGUUGGCUUUACUUUAUAGAGAAAUGAACAGUUCUUGGCGUGAUGUUAGACACAAA